AUGCCGUCAGUGCCAGUCAUUAACACCGCUGGCAUCCACUCCACAAAGGACUAUGUCCCUCUCGACGACCAACUCGAGGAGGUCACUGGAUCCCCAACAACCGCCGUCAACGGCUCGGUAGUCUACUCGAAGCCGCUUUCUCACGGCCACGGAAGCCGUCACGGAUCGGGAAGCGCUGGAGGAAGUCGAUGGGUCGAGGAAGAAGACGGAGACAUUGGAGCGGUCAGGUACAAGGGCAAGGAGAGAGCCUGGGACGAGUCCUCGUCGCCCGCCCAGAGCCCAGCGACGGCAGACUUCAGCCACUCGUACCCGCCAUUGAGCCAGGAAGAGGAGGAGGAGAGGCGUGUUCAAGCAAACCUGGCGAAGUUUACGGCCCGUGAGACGGCUCGCCGCAAGGCUGCGCGCGCUUCGCGUGUUUUCCCGUCACAGACCGACUCUGGCCGGUCCUCGGCGAGCUCUUCCACCACCUCGCUGCCUCGCUCGAGACUAUCGUCGAUCCAGGGCACCGUCAAGCGAUCUUCUGUAUUCGGCAACCUCUUGCACAAGGGCAAGGGCAGUCGGAGUAGCAGCACGUCUUCCUCGCAGUCUCAUGACUUAUCUUUACCCUCAACGAGCGGCGCCAAUGCACAGACAGCCUACCCGAACCCUUACGACAGUCCUGCGGAAUCCGACCCUCUGAGGUCACCGACCUCGGCCGCGGCCUCGCCGACAGACGCCUCCUUCAAGCCGAGCAUGAAGAAGUCGAGCCCGUUUGCUGAUCCGUCGUCCGCCCAGAGUCCGGUUCAGUCACCGACGGCAGAGGGAAAUGUUGGGUACCAGGGACAGCACUGGCGGGGCGGAGCAGCGGUGACAGAGGAGUCUGUGGCGCCGCCAAAGAAGGAGAAGUGGUGGCAUGCGCUGUGUGCGUGGGGCAACGACCUGGACGGAGGACACGGGAACCGAAGCAGCAACCAGGCAGGACGGACAAACCCGUUCGAGUAG